GCACGCGCCAUUCCCGCCGCGGCUGGCGCCCAGACGCCAUCUAAUCACACGUCCUUACCUCAUAGUACCGUUAUCCUACUACGUGAGUCCAUCAACUGGCUCCUCCGCGACUAAUGUAUCUCAAACAAUCAUAACAUGUGAAAUCGGCAACUCAUCCGUACAAAAUGAGCUCGAUUGGCGUCGUCGUCUUCCGCAACUCGCCACUCGGCAAGCCGCAGGUGCUCCAGGAAUCCGUGAAUAAUUCAGUGAAUAUUACCAAUAACAAUACCAACGAAAACGUGAGACGUGAAAUUAUUAUUGUGCGAAAGAAACAGAAAAUCCAAUCGGUGACCUCAUUGAUACGCGCUGCCGAUCCUUCUUCAAGCAAUGAGUCAGCUAAAAGACCGCGUCUUCGUGAAAACAUAGCUGAAGAAUCAAAUCGCGCGCCAACACCUUUAGCAGUCGCGCGACGAAAUGCUCGGGAACGAAACAGAGUACGCCAAGUUAACGAUGGAUUUGCUGCCUUACGUCGUCACAUUCCAGAAGAAGUGGCUGCUGCAUUCGAGAAUGCAAACUCCAACAGAGGUCCUAAUAAAAAGCUGAGUAAAGUUGAAACUUUACGCAUGGCAGUGGAAUAUAUUAGAAACUUAGAAAGUUUAUUAAACAUUGGUCAUGCUGACAAAGAAAACUGUAGUCGUCCGUCAAUGGAAUCUUUUCCAUCGCCGGCAUCUUCUUCUCCCAGAGAUAAUAGCCAAGAAAGGAGUUACUUCUCUCUUAAUUCACCGGCUCUUGACGAUGAAGAUAUGGAAGAAGAUGAGUUGGACGGCGCAAUGCAUCCAAUAUCGCAACAACAGUACGUUGAAAUGGCAGUGCCUGAAUCAUUUCAACUGAUUUCCACUCCACAUUUAUAUGAAGAGGAAGAUGGUGCAGGACAACCUUUGACACCCUCGUCAGACUUACUCGGACAAGAUGAUGUGAACUCCCAUCUCCUGGACGGAAAUUUUCCAUUCCCUAAUUCCGCAGAACAAUUCACUGUUAUCCCUGAACAAAACUAUCUUAGUGAAACCGAUAUGCCAAUGAGCGAUAAUGAUUUUGAAGUCAAAUAUGCAGAUUCGAUUCAACAGCAAAUACAUAACUUCAAUGAUGAGUCGUCUUUGCCUUUAGAAGCCAUCAACCCGGAUUUGAUCCUAGGUCAUAACGAUUACAAAUUCAAGGAAUCAGAAAAAGAGCUGAUUGAUGAUCCUCACUACACCGAUGUAGAACUGAAGAAGGAACUCCCAGAUAUCCAAGUAUCUCCAGAAGACAGAGAGCAGUUUGAAGAGACACUGAAGUGGUGGCAGGAGAAGACUCGACAAGCCCGUCCAAUCUUAAAAAACAAGAAUGUAAAUUAAUGAAAGCUUUUCUUUAUUUAGAAGAAUUAAUAAUUUAUUUUAGAAUUUGUGAUGUAGCAAUUAGAUCAUAAUGAAAACAUACAGCUGUGGUGCCAAAGUCGGUUGGCUGCGCGGGCGCAAGGUGUUCCGUAACGGUCAGCAGAAUAAUGAUUCCAGCGCUCGGUAACUUUUAUUUAUCGCACACGAUUUAAAGUUCAAAGUAAAUAGCUGAUAAUGUCCUCAAACCAUAACAAUUCUGUAUUUAUUAGCACAUGAAUUACAUUUAAAUUAUUUUUAAAGUUAUUGAUGAUUUUAUUCGUACUUAUUAUUUUAGUCUUGCACUUUAGAUAAUUGUAUUAAUGUAUAUUUUAAUUUAGUUGAAAAAUGAUUGAUGUAAACUUUGGAUGUAAAUAACGAAUAAUAAGGGCACCUAACGAUAUACAAAUGACAAUAAUUUAAUUUAUAUAU